CAGUAGUGGAAUGAAAUGAGAGUUGGAGGAAUCGAACGUCAACCCUAUAAGUAGUGCACAAAAAAAAUACUCUCUCGCAUUCGUCCUCUUCAAAUUGCUAGUGAUAAUGGGGUGUUGCAGUAGCAAAGCCGCAGAUACUAAGGCUACCCGCAUGGCGCGAUGGCGUUCAACUGGCAUCGUUGCUUUAAGCGACUCCAAAUUGAAGUCUUUUCCCGAUGAAGUUAUUUCCUUGGAGAGAUCUGUACGCACCCUCGACUUGACGCACAAUAAAUUGGUUCAAAUUCCCAUGGAGAUCAACAAGCUAAUUAACUUGCAGCGUCUAAUUUUGGCUGAUAACCUUAUUGAGAAUCUCCCGGUGAACCUGGGAUUGCUUAAGUCUUUGAAAGUUGCAACACUUGAUGGGAAUCAAAUCAGAGCAUUGCCUGAUGAAUUGGGCCAGUUGGUGAAGCUUGAGCGUUUGUCUGUCUCAUCAAACUUGUUAAUGAGCUUGCCUGAGACUAUUGGGAGAUUGCAGAAUUUGGUGCUGUUGGACAUUUCAAACAAUAAGUUAAAGUUUUUUCCUGAAUCAAUUGGAAGUUGCUUCUCUUUGGAAGAAUUGCAAGCAAAUGAUAAUUCCAUUGAAGAGCUUCCUGCAUCAGUUUGCAAUCUUAUUCAACUAAAAUCACUCUGCCUGAACAAUAACAAUCUCAAUCAGAUGCCUCUAAAUUUGUUAAGAGAAUGCAAGAGCUUGCAGACCAUAUCCCUGCAUGGAAAUCCGAUUUCCAUGGACCAAUUUCAACAGAUGGAUGGCUUCAAAGACUUUGAAGCCCGCCGUAAACAGAAGUUUGAUAAACAAAUUGAUUCAAAUGUGAUAAUCAGUUCUAAAGGGCUUGAUGAGGGUGUUGACUUGUGAUUCCUCUCCGCAGGCGUUUUCUAUAAGGCUCCGCGCAAUCUUGUUAAUCUCAGGUUAAAUUUGUUCAGGUUGGAUGGAAUUGCGACAGUUUUGACUUUGAUGAAAGGUAUUGCUUCU